AUGGCACUUUAUAGCUGCUGCUGGAUCCUCUUGGCUUUUUCUACCUGGUGCACUUCUGCCUAUGGGCCCGACCAGCGAGCCCAGAAGAAAGGGGACAUUAUCCUCGGGGGGCUCUUUCCUAUUCAUUUUGGGGUUGCAGCGAAAGAUCAGGAUCUAAAGUCGAGGCCGGAGUCCGUGGAAUGUAUCAGGUAUAAUUUCCGAGGAUUUCGCUGGUUACAAGCUAUGAUAUUUGCCAUAGAGGAAAUAAACAGCAGUCCAGCCCUUCUUCCCAACAUGACCCUGGGAUACAGGAUAUUCGACACUUGUAACACCGUCUCUAAAGCCUUGGAGGCCACCCUGAGUUUUGUGGCGCAGAAUAAAAUCGACUCUUUGAACCUUGAUGAGUUCUGCAACUGCUCAGAGCACAUCCCCUCUACCAUCGCAGUGGUGGGAGCUACUGGCUCAGGCAUCUCCACAGCAGUGGCCAACCUGCUGGGGCUCUUCUACAUCCCCCAGGUCAGCUAUGCCUCCUCCAGCAGACUCCUCAGCAACAAGAAUCAGUUCAAGUCCUUCCUCCGCACCAUACCCAAUGAUGAACACCAGGCCACGGCCAUGGCUGACAUCAUCGAGUACUUCCGCUGGAACUGGGUGGGCACAAUUGCAGCUGACGAUGACUAUGGCCGGCCAGGGAUCGAGAAGUUUCGAGAGGAAGCUGAGGAGAGGGACAUCUGUAUCGACUUCAGCGAGCUCAUCUCCCAGUACUCUGAUGAGGAGGAGAUCCAGCAGGUGGUGGGGGUGAUCCAGAAUUCCACUGCCAAAGUCAUCGUCGUCUUCUCCAGCGGCCCGGACCUGGAACCCCUCAUCAAAGAGAUCGUCCGGCGCAACAUCACAGGCAGGAUCUGGCUGGCCAGCGAGGCCUGGGCCAGCUCUUCCCUGAUUGCUAUGCCCGAGUAUUUCCAUGUGGUCGGAGGCACCAUUGGCUUUGGUCUGAAGGCUGGGCAGAUCCCAGGCUUCCGGGAAUUCCUGCAGAAAGUCCACCCCAGGAAGUCUGUCCACAACGGUUUUGCCAAGGAGUUUUGGGAAGAAACAUUUAACUGCCACCUGCAAGAAGGUGCUAAAGGACCCUUACCUGUGGACACCUUCCUGAGAGGUCACGAAGAAGGAGGUGCCAGGAUAAGCAAUAGUUCCACUGCCUUCCGACCUCUGUGUACAGGGGAGGAGAACAUCAGCAGUGUCGAGACGCCUUACAUGGAUUAUACACAUUUACGGAUAUCCUACAAUGUCUACUUAGCCGUCUACUCUAUUGCUCAUGCCCUACAAGAUAUAUACACCUGCAUACCUGGGAGAGGGCUCUUCACCAACGGUUCCUGCGCAGAUAUCAAGAAGGUUGAAGCUUGGCAGGUCCUAAAACACCUGCGGCACCUAAAUUUUACCAGCAAUAUGGGGGAGCAAGUUACUUUCGAUGAAUGUGGAGACCUGGCAGGGAACUAUUCCAUCAUCAACUGGCACCUCUCCCCAGAGGACGGCUCCAUAGUGUUUAAGGAAGUUGGAUAUUACAAUGUCUAUGCCAAGAAAGGAGAGAGACUCUUCAUCAAUGAUGAAAAAAUUCUGUGGAGUGGAUUCUCAAGGGAGGUGCCUUUCUCCAACUGCAGCCGAGACUGCCUGGCAGGGACCAGGAAAGGAAUCAUUGAGGGGGAGCCCACCUGCUGCUUUGAGUGUGUGGAAUGUCCUGAUGGGGAGUACAGUGACGAGACAGACGCAAGUGCCUGUGACAAGUGCCCUGAUGACUUCUGGUCCAAUGAGAACCACACUUCCUGCAUCGCCAAGGAGAUCGAGUUUCUGUCCUGGACCGAGCCCUUCGGGAUCGCACUCACGCUCUUCGCUGUGCUGGGCAUCUUCCUCACAGCCUUCGUGCUGGGCGUCUUCAUCAGGUUCCGCAACACGCCCAUCGUCAAGGCCACCAACCGGGAGCUCUCCUACCUCCUCCUCUUCUCCCUGCUCUGCUGCUUCUCCAGCUCCCUGUUCUUCAUCGGGGAGCCCCAGGACUGGACCUGCCGCCUGCGCCAGCCGGCCUUUGGCAUCAGCUUCGUGCUCUGCAUCUCGUGCAUCCUGGUGAAGACCAAUCGGGUCCUCCUGGUGUUUGAGGCCAAGAUUCCGACCAGCUUCCACCGCAAGUGGUGGGGGCUCAACCUGCAGUUCCUGCUGGUCUUCCUCUGCACCUUCAUGCAGAUUGUCAUCUGUGCCAUUUGGCUCAAUACGGCGCCCCCCUCCAGCUACCGCAACCACGAGCUGGAGGACGAGAUCAUCUUCAUCACCUGCCACGAGGGCUCGCUCAUGGCGCUGGGCUUCCUCAUCGGCUACACCUGCUUGCUGGCCGCCAUCUGCUUCUUCUUCGCCUUCAAGUCCCGGAAGCUGCCAGAGAACUUCAACGAGGCCAAGUUCAUCACCUUCAGCAUGCUCAUCUUCUUCAUCGUCUGGAUCUCCUUCAUCCCCGCCUACGCCAGCACUUACGGCAAGUUCGUCUCUGCGGUGGAGGUGAUCGCCAUCCUGGCGGCCAGCUUUGGCUUGCUGGCCUGCAUCUUCUUCAACAAGGUCUAUAUCAUCCUCUUCAAGCCGUCCCGGAACACCAUCGAGGAGGUGCGCUGCAGCACCGCGGCACACGCCUUCAAGGUGGCCGCCCGAGCCACGCUGCGCCGCAGCAACGUCUCCCGCCAGCGGUCCAGCAGCCUGGGGGGCUCCACGGGAUCCACCCCCUCCUCCUCCAUCAGCAGCAAGAGCAACAGCGAGGACCCCUUCCCGCAGCAGCAGCCGGAGAGGCAGAAGCAGCCACAGCCGCUGGCCCUGAGCCCGCAGAGCGCGCAGCAGCCGCAGCCGCGGCCACCCUCGACCCCACAGCCGCAGCCACAGUCGCAGCAGCCGCCCCGAUGCAAGCAGAAGGUCAUCUUCGGCAGCGGCACCGUCACCUUCUCGCUGAGCUUUGACGAGCCUCAGAAGAGCGCCGUGGCUCACAGGAAUUCCACGCACCAGACCUCCCUGGAGGCCCAGAAAAACAAUGACGCCCUGACCAAACACCAGGCGUUGCUCCCGCUGCAGUGCGGAGAGACGGACUCGGAAGGGACCGCCCAGGAGACAGGCCUGCAGCGCCCUGUGGGUGAGGACCACCAGCUAGAGAUGGAGGACCCCGAAGAGAUGUCCCCGGCACUUGUAGUGUCUAAUUCCCGGAGCUUUGUCAUCAGCGGUGGAGGCAGCACUGUUACAGAAAACAUGCUGCGUUCUUAA